GUGCAGAUAGUUGGCUGUGACUGUGGUGGAGUGUGAGAGGCCCAGAGAGCCAGCGAGAGGGGAGCUGAGAUCAGUUACAGCAGACAGGGCAGAGCAGGCGAGUGGUACAGAGAGGGUGGAAGCAGUCGGUGUUGUAGAACAGAAAUAAGGUGAGAAAAGAGAGUCAGGAAGGAGUGAUUCAGUCCUUGUGGAGGACUCAGUCUGGGAGAGACAGAAGAGGAAGCCAGAGGGCAGAGGCAGGGGCAAAUACAGACAGACAGACAGACAGACAGACAGACAGAGAACACCUGGACCGAGCAGGGCAUUAAGUUACGUUAAGUCCCAGGGAGCUGUUUCUGAGAAUAUCUGAGAACAAUAGCUUUGAGAGGAGCAUGUUUGACUGCAUGGAGGCUCUGGGUCUGGCCCCUCGGCCCCUCUUUGAUGUGUCCAGACAAGGCUCCUGCAUGCUGGGUAAGGCCACCCCUUACUUCUCCGGCUUGGACCCCUUUGCCUGGGCCGGGACCAGCAGCGUCCAGUCGGUGGAGACCCAGAGCACCAGCUCAGAGGAGAUGGUGCCCAGCUCUCCUUCUCCUCCUCCACCUCCUCGGGUCUACAAGCCGUGCUUUGUGUGCCAGGACAAGUCAUCUGGUUAUCACUAUGGAGUGAGCUCCUGUGAGGGCUGCAAGGGAUUUUUCCGGCGCAGCAUCCAAAAGAAUAUGGUGUACACCUGCCACCGAGACAAGAACUGCCAGAUCAACAAAGUGACCCGCAACCGCUGCCAGUACUGUCGGCUGCAGAAGUGCUUUGAGGUCGGAAUGUCCAAAGAAGCGGUGCGCAAUGACAGGAACAAAAAGAAGAAGGACGUGAAGGAGGAGGUGGUGCUGCCAGAGAACUAUGAGCUUAGUGGAGAGCUGGAGGAGCUGGUUAACAAAGUCAGCAAAGCACACCAAGAGACCUUCCCGUCUCUGUGUCAACUAGGAAAAUACACCACAAAUUCAAGUGCUGACCACAGAGUACAGCUGGACUUGGGCCUGUGGGAUAAGUUCAGUGAGCUCUCCACUAAGUGCAUUAUAAAGAUUGUGGAGUUUGCCAAGCGGCUACCAGGCUUCACUACGCUCACCAUCGCUGACCAGAUCACCCUCCUCAAAUCUGCAUGUCUGGACAUCCUGAUGCUGAGGAUAUGCACCCGCUACACACCAGAACAGGACACAAUGACCUUCUCAGAUGGCCUGACUCUUAACAGGACCCAGAUGCACAAUGCUGGCUUUGGCCCCCUCACAGACCUGGUGUUUGCCUUCGCCGGUCAGCUGCUGCCUUUGGAGAUGGACGACACAGAGACGGGGCUCCUCAGUGCGAUUUGUCUCAUCUGUGGAGAUCGAAUGGACUUGGAGGAGCCGGAGAAAGUAGACAAGCUGCAGGAACCGCUGCUAGAGGCGCUGAAGAUCUACACCCGCCGCAGACGCCCAAACAAGCCUCACAUGUUUCCCCGCAUGCUGAUGAAAGUCACAGACCUUCGAGGAAUCAGCACUAAAGGUGCAGAAAGGGCCAUCACACUAAAGACAGAGAUCCCAGGGCCCAUGCCUCCGCUGAUCCGGGAGAUGCUGGAGAACCCCGAGGCCUUCGAGGACAGCAGCGACUCAGGUGACAGCGCUGCGGCUGCUCCCCCUGCCAUCCAAGCCAUCAAGCAAGAAGAGAAGUCCACGUACGAGUCAGAGGAGGAGGAGGAAGAGGACGACUACUGGGAUGAGGAGAAAGAGCGAGGGGCGGACAGUGACGGAGAGCCGUGGGGGGAGACGUCAGCCGGGGCGUUGGCUGCUCAAAAGAAAAGCGUGACGCAGUGAGAAGAAGCCGCAGAUCGCUGAGCCUCACUGAGCAAUAUCACCUCCCAGGAACCUCACAGAUUUAGGCUCUUAAACAUCCUAAAUGGUGUUUUCACACAGCACAUAUCUACUUAAACUGUACAUAUAGACUGAAAGGAAAAAUGUGUUCAAUUCAGAAUAGGAAGUAAAAGCACUACAUUUCAGUGGAUUGGUGAGGGCACUAUUAAAACAAAUCGCUGUGCCAGACUGUGUUAAAGAUAUUUGAAAAAGUGUUUUGUCCACACAAAGAGAGGAAUUGUUGGACAGAAGUAAAUGCACUCCUCCGCUAUCUGUUAAGGGCUAUGCUUUGUAUAAAAUUGAUGGUGAAAAUACAUUGCAACAACAGAACUCUACAUGGUGUCCGUAUGCCGCAAAUGUCUUCUCAGAAUUACCUUUAUUACUAUUUGGAAAUAUGCUACUUAUUUUUUCAAUGUAUGUUUUUUUUUUCUAAGCAUGUACACAUUUCUGUUCUGUGUUUAUGCCUGUUUGUGAGACCUUGUUUUUUUUUUGGUUUUUUUUGUUUUUUUGGGGGGGGGGUUGUAUAUUUUUCACUCAGUCCUGCUCUCAUUUGACUGGACGUGUGUUUUAUAAGCUUUAAUUGUACACGUUUCUGCUUUAUCGGACACAGUGAAAAGCAAUAGUAAAAAAAAAAGGAAAAAGAGCAAUAGCAAAGAGAGAGGGAGUCAUGAGCAGGACUCAAACUCGCAGUGUGACAAGCACAUGGUUAUGUACGUUAUCCUUCUGAUUCAUAAAAACCUCUGAUGAGUAUAAUGUAACCUGACAGAGAACAAGAGGAACUUUAAUUUCACCUCUGGUGCUUGUUGGCCAAAUAAGAGAAAUGCAAAACAAAUGCAGGAACAUAUCUCCACCUCUCAACAAUACGCAUGUACAAUAAUCUAACAGCUGAAUCUGCAGGGUAGAUUUAAUGUCAUCACAGUCUCAGGUUGAUUCUUUCAGGGCCAUUUGUCUCUAGAGUGUUUUCCCCCAACAAAACUCCCCCAUCAGAGCUUCUUCUUACACCACAGAGUUGGUUAAAAAUCUUCCAAUAUAAUCAUGUCCUUGGUGCAGCAACCAAGUACAGGUAAGCCAUAACAUUUUAAUUUCCUGAAGAGCGAGCAAAGAAUCCUCCCAACAGAUAAAACCCCAAAAAUCCAUUUACGUUACAGAAACCUCAGGUGUGUGAGUGUGUGUGUGUGCAAGUGAGAGCAUGAACCAAAACGCAGUGAUGCUGUAGAGAUGUUACUGUCAUCACUGCAUCUUCCACAGAUAGUGUUUAGUCCACCUACUAGCAUCUGUAAACUGAUUUGCAAAACUAAAGAAAAACAAAACAAAAUCUGAAAAUUUUAAAAGAUUCUCAUGACUUCCGGUGGACUGCAGGCCACUGAUGCGAGCUGACAGAGAAUCGUAUCACCAUUUGCUACUUACCAUUGAUAAAUAUCGCACUUCUCUGAGGUUACAACAUAAACAAAACAAUCGCUUCCUGUCGGCUGAAUCGCAGGGCAACAGUUUCCAAUGAUGUGUGUUCAUGUGUGCUGUAUUUAAUGAGUGAUGCAAAACAUGGAUUUUGUAAAAAAUAAAUACUUAUAAUCUGUUUUUCAUCAAGACUAUACAACUUUUUUUACAGAAGAUGUAUAAAACUGACAUUAUUUGCGUUAUUUGAGGAGAGGAUUCUCCAUCAGCACAUUGACCUUAAUGGCGUGAAACAUUGCAGCAACGCAGCUGCAACAUAUUGUUGAUGUAGUUUCAAAAGUGAAGCUCAAGUGAGAAAUCUGAAAAAGACACGAGUAGAAAUCAGCUCUGAUACGACCAUUGUGGCACCACACCAGCUUUAACACCAGAUUUAAAGCCAUCGAGGACACAGAAGUUUAUCAAAAAUCAAAGAGUGAUGCCAUAAUUCUGUUUUUUUUAGACUGAUAAGUUGUGAUUUUGUCACUAAGGAUGGGAACAUCACAACCAUAUGACUGAGAUAAAAGACAAAACAUAUCUUUAAUGUUUUCCUUCACUCUGCUCUUCACAAUAUUUUGCAUAUCAUCAGCCAAGUCUACAUAAAUGUUGUUUAUUAUUUAAAGAUGUUUCUGAAUCAUAUAACCAUGACAUGUUGGGGCGGGGGGGAGACACAUUUCUGUUUCUUUUAUCUGUUCCUUAAACUUAUUUCUUUUCCUGAAUUUGAGCCGGUGCAAUAAAUAAGCCAUGGAGAAGGUCAGCGAGGCCUAAACUCAUAAUGAUAAAAAAUACAAAAGCAUGUGAUUUUAGAAAGAAGACCAAAGAUAGGUAUGACAUUACAUUUGGAUAGAAACAAAACAAUCUUAAUAUAAAUUCUAAUAGGGUUCUAUAUGUAUUCACUUGUUUUUUGCGAUGGCAGGAUAUUUCAAGAUCUCAAAUGACCUUUAAAUCUUGACUCAUCUCUGUUACAUUUUGUUGUUGAAUUUUAACUGAUGUCUUACUUUUUAUAAACACGGUUUCUGUAGCAAAUGUAUGUAUUGUCUUCAUGUUCAGGGAUGAUUCAAACUCCUCGCGAGUUUUAUUUCAAUCUGACUUGUAGCAAAAUAGUUCUGAUGGACACACACACAGUAAUACAACAACUGGGCUGAAAUGUUCUUGUUUUUAUGUAUUUUUAUGAGAAGUUAAUACUAUUUUUGCUUUUUUUUGUUGCCUAUUAUUUGCUGUUUGUUGUUUCUUGUAUUUUGAUAAAGGCGCUUUUUGUUCUCAGA